UGUUUUAUAUAACUGGGGGCCCGAAAAUCCGAUCUAUGGUCAAAUGUCCGUUAGGGAACUUUACUCAUUCAUCUUUUCCCCAAAGGCGGGGAGUGGGGCCCGGAGCGCUGCGCUACUCCGUUACGUAACCCUGGUAGAGGGACUGGGUGACGCGAUUCCUAGUCGAGCCGCCCUCGCGAGCGGACCUGUCCCGACCGCAUCGUACUAUAACCAUAGAGCACAAACGACGCAAGUGCCGCGACAGAACGCUUGCUUGACGCGCGACUCCGCUCCCUCUAAAGCAACACUUAGCUUUGUUAGAAAAACAUUCGAUUGCUCCCACCACAACCCCAAGACGAUACUCGACCCAAUAUAUCAGCGUACACGUAAUUACGUGAUAAUAUUCUAGCGUUAUUUAAGUGUGAUGGAGAACACAUGUGCAUAUUAUCCCGGAGGAUAGGUUAAAAAGUAGAAUAAGGUCAUUUUAGAGGAAAAGCUGAGUAAUAUGUAAAACGUCACUGUCUAAGUGACGACCAUAAGCAACAGUUGUACUUGGUGAAAACUCAGUCGGCGCCGGGAGUCGACUAGCGAAAAUGGGAAAGAAAAACUCAAAACUAAAGCAAGAUACCAUCGAUCGCUUGACGAAUGCGACAUACUUUACUGAGAAGGAAAUACGACUCUGGCACAAAGGCUUUUUGAAGGAUUGUCCUAACGGCCUCCUCACUGAGCAGGGAUUCAUAAAGAUCUACAAACAAUUCUUCCCUCAAGGUGACCCGAGCAAAUUCGCCUCCUUAGUCUUUCGGGUCUUCGACGAAAACAACGAUGGCUCGAUCGAGUUUGAGGAGUUUAUACGAGCCUUAUCGGUGACGUCACGAGGAAAUCUUGAUGAAAAGUUACAUUGGGCAUUCCGUCUUUAUGACGUAGAUAACGACGGCUAUAUAACGAGAGACGAGAUGUACAACAUCGUUGACGCGAUCUACCAGAUGGUGGGUCAGACCCCCCAGCCGGAGGACGAGAACACACCACAGAAGCGCGUGGACAAGAUCUUCGAUCAGAUGGACAAGAACCACGACGAUCGUCUCACUUUGGAGGAGUUCCGCGAAGGCAGCAAGGCCGACCCCCGUAUUGUACAGGCUCUGUCACUCGGAGGUGAUUAAUCGACGGUUAUACUCUCACCGGAUUUCUCAUUUUCCCCUGAAAGCGGUAAUUAAUUAUGUAUAUUAUAUAUUUCUGCAUACGUUCAUUUUGUUUAUUUGCCAAUAUGAAUUGUUGUAAUUGCGAGGCUGUUAGUAUGUUUAGCGUUUGGGUAUUGAGUGUUGCGAUCAGUUAUCGAAUGGUUUGAUAGAAAUUGGACCAUUGAUAUCAUAGCUGUAUUCUGAUCUUUUCAAAAUAUAUAAAACAAUUUUGACUUUCUCGUCUCAAUUUAAAUAUAAUUGCAAUUAAUAACUAAUUCGAGUUAAGAACCCAGGAUUAAGACAUUGGUGUUUGGUAUAACACAUCUUUGAAAAUCUCAAAACGAACUGGUAUGUAUUGAACAAAUCAUAUGUAUAUGAUACUUACUGAAGAUAAUUAUAGAAAUGACACGGAUAAGAUUUACUGGAUUGUACUAUUUAUAAAGAUAUUCAAAUAUGCAUGGCUGACGGAUAUUAAAAGCAGUGGAAAAAUUCGACUCGCUAACAAUUAAGAAGAUAAAUUUAAAUAAAAACAGCUUUGAGUUAAUAUCCGCUUUAAUUAAAAAAUUUGAGAUUUUUGUUCCUAAAUAUGUAUUAGAAUAUUUUUUUUUUUACUUACUCUAAAAAAAUAUCAUCGCAUUUAUUAUUAUGAGAUAGCAAGUGAAUAUUAUAGUUCAUCCGUCACCCUUGAUAUAUUCUCUCGGCAACAGCUAUAAUAUAUAGGGUGUGUGGUAUUCGCUGCAAUGUAUUGUAAUGAUCCUCGCGUCUAAACUUUCAUGUUGGCAAAACAAGGAUUACAUAUUAAAUAACGUAUACAUUAUGAGUUUAUUGAGUAAUCGAUUAAAAGCUUUCAAAUAAUGAGAUAAAUCCGUGUGAGAGGAUUGGCGUGGGAGCCAAUGUUAAUCGUAACAUCAUUUACGAUUCAAUCGAUGUCAUCGUUUUGGCAAAAGUGAUCUCAUCUUCCCAUCCGUUGCUGGAGGCAACAACAAGAUAUAUAAAACGAAAACAAUCUUCGUAUCUCGGGAUAUUAAAUCAGCGUACUACUGAGAAAAUCUAUCGAAUCUAUUUUCAUUUAACAAUCGGUAUUACUAUUAUCAGAAUAAGAUCAAAGUUAUGAAGACAUUCGCAAUACACGGCCUCACAGUGACUUUUGCAGUUGACGAAACUAUCAAAGUUUUAAAGUUACUUCUAGGCUGAUAGCGUAGAAUGAUUAUUCUACGGAACAAUUCCGUAAAUUUUAUCUAUGAAUAUAAAAGGACAAACAUGAAAAAAAUGACAGUAAUCGUUAAUUAUGUAAUUGUCACUAUGACGUUAUUAUAAACAAAUGGCUGAUGACGUCAUUAACAUUUUUCUAAGCAUUCCACACAUAGGAACUCAAAAUUUAAAAAAAUAUAUGAGAUGUUAUAACAACAUAGUAAUAAUAAUUGUUGAUUGUUGAAUAAUUAAUUAAAAUUAGGUUUUUUAGACUAUUACCUGAUAACGGGUUAAAUUAACAUUAUUUAUAUUUUGAGACAAUAUAAAUUUAAAUAAUGACGCGUAAUUGUUUUGGGUUUUUACUACCCUAUAGUUACUAAAAAAAAUAUGAAUAUGCUUAGUAACAUUUUUUUUAGUUUCGUAAACUGACAUCUGUUAGGUUUUAAAAUUUAAACGUAAGUUUAAAAUGAAAAGUAGAGAUGACAGUUUAUGAAGUGAAAUCAUUGAAAGAUGAACAUAAAAAGUUUGGCAGAUAACAAAGCAUUGUUCACGGAAGAUACGUAACGGUGUGUUUAGAAUCAGUUUGUUUUACCAAAUGUAAACGCUUACACUAACAGUACUCAAUUAUAUUUAAAUGUCAUAAGAUGCUAUCGAAAAAUUAUAGAAAAAUUACCCCAAUAUCUACUCGUAACAUAAAAGUGACGAUUGCAACAUUAGCUUUUUAUAUUGUUAUAGGAUGUCUCAAAUGGAAGUCUCAUCUAAAAUCGAAACAGAUUUAAUAAAUCGUCAGCGUUUUAAAAACUUUAACAAAUUUAAAGAUUUUAUCGCCUUGAAUAUCUCUGAUAAUUUAACUCUCGGAAAAAUAUUCCCAAGAUUCAUUUUGGACAACUUUUAUCCCAAUUAGAAUAGCUAUGCCAUGUAUAAAUUCAUUUUCUUUCUUUCAAAAUAUGUGACUCAUGAAUAUGGUUGUCUGAAAAACAUCAUAUUAUAAAGAUUGCAUCAAUUAUAUUUCACUCGAGCCCCAUCGCUUGCUUAGGCGCACUCGCAUUAUUUUUUAUUUUGCGCCUUUGUUUUCAGCUUUUCGAUUAAUUUAAAAAAAAAACGGUAAACCGUUGUUUUUGUGGUACUUUCGCAAGUCAAUUUGUCAGCAAUGUAAGCUUUAAAAUGCGUUCCGUAAUUAAUUAGAGUAGGAGAUUCUUAGGGCUGUGCAUUUCAACUAGGUGUAAGUGUUUUGAUCUUGCGUGAGUUUUAACAGAAAGGAACCGGAAUGCUACUGUUUGAGGCUGAUUUUUAUUUAAAAUAUACGCACUACAUAAAACAUAAUAUUUUUCUUAUAUCAUGUCUAAAAACCUUUAACUCUUUGGUAGCAACGGUGCACAGACACUGUCUGAUUUAAAAAAAAAAUUAAAUAACUUAUGAACUUAAAAUAACAUACUUUUAGAGGCAUAAACCAUAAAGGUAACCUUUACCUUCAAGAAGCAAUUUUCAAACCGAAAUUCUAAUGUUCCGUUACACAAAAUUUUAUCUAAACUUUUGGAAACUUUAUUAAACGAGUUCACUUUCGCGACGGCAGCGAACUGAAUAUUACAUUCUUACCAAAAUAUUUACCGUUACAUUUUAGAUAAGGUUUGAAUCUAUACAACAUCGGUGUACGCUUAAUGAUUAAACAUCUAUAUCAGCAUUUUACAAAUUGGUGUUUACUGAGAGAAGAACGAUUGACAUCUGUGUUUAGGUGCCGAGUAUCAAGCACAUAGUAAAAUUUGUAUGCUAUAACGAUGUUGUAAAGAAAAAUUUUAGUUUGUUAAAAUAUAGCAUUACAAAUUAUAUAAUACCAAUAGGCUUCAGUGUUGUCAGAGAUUAACCUUUACUCGGUCGCAUCUCUUUUAGAAAUUUAAUCGAUUCUGAAUGAAGUUACCUUCAUUGUAAUUGUUAGAUGUAGUUAAAUGUUAAUGUACACGUUACAAUUCACUUAAGCAGAAAAUUUUAAAUGUGUAGUAUUACAAUGAUAACAUUUGUUGUGUAUUUAAUCUGUAUUACAGGUAAUAAAAAACAUUAGAGACAGGUUACAUGCAUUGGAGAAAAAAAAAAUGUUUCGUUGAACAUGAUCCAGCGACGAAUUUUUGAAAAUUGAUAAUAAUUAUAAAAUAGAUUCAUAAUAACUAAACGACACAGUACUAAAUCAUAAAGCAAUUUUUUAUUACCUGUACUAAAAUAUGUCUAGGUGUAAGUUUAGACUAUAAAUUAAACUUUUUCCUUCAGUUCGCUGCCCUAAAUAUUUCAAUGGAUAACCCUUCCAUAAGUAGAAAUCUUUAUAUAUCACUGUAAAUACUAUUAGCCUACUUUACUCCAUAUUAUAGUACCUACUAUUCACUUUUAAUAUAUACUUGAUUAUUAAUAAAGAGUUUGAAAUCGA